ACAGUCGUCGGCGAUACCUAAUGGCAGUUACAUCGCAUAAGUGAAAAGAAAAGAUUAAUUACGAUAUUUACACAUUGACGUGCAGCGUGUCUCUCUUCAUCUGCCAGUGCAUACGAUGCUUAUGUAGUUUACGAUUAUCUAUACCGAUUUACGCGCAAUUCUUCUAUGCGAAAAAAUGCCAGCGGUUUUUGAGAAUUUUUCCGUGCUACAAAAUGUUGCCACGGGCGAGCAGAAUUAUCACACCUUCAACGAUGAUUCCAGAACAAUGGAUGACAUCCGGGGAUUUAGUCCCUGUGAAAGUUCUGUAGAUUCACGAAGCAGUAAUUCGGAACAGUCUCCAGCAUCUGUACUAUCUCCACAGAUUCAUUCAAAUAACUUUCUAAGUGCCAAUAAUAUGUUUAAUGAAAAACCUCAGCUGAAAAUAGUGGUACAACCAAUAGAAAGAUUCAGAUUUCGGUACAGAUCUGAAAUGAUGGGAACACAUGGAACCUUGAUGGGAAAUAUAAAUGGUACAGGACGCAGAAAGAACGCACCAUCGGUUGAAAUUCGAAAUUACUCUGGAGAAAAAGCUAUAGUAAGGUGUAGACUAGUCACCGUAAGUCCUGAUCGACGACUGCCCCAUGCUCAUCGAUUGGUACGGAGAGAUGGCAAUACGGAGCAAGAUGAUCCACAUGAGAUUGUGGUCACUGCACAAAACGGAUAUCUCGCAGUAUUUCAAGGAAUGGGUAUAAUACACACAGCUAGGAAAUACAUUAAGGAAGAACUAUUAAGGAAACUGAAAUUCGAUGCUGUGGAGAAAUUGAGGCAGAAAAAUAUGAAUAUCACACAAUUGGGGGUUCGAGAAGAAACACAGGUCCGAAUGCAAGCCGAAAGUGCUCAAAAGCAUAUGAACCUUAACAGCGUCGCGUUGUGUUUUCAAGGAUUCGUGGAGAAUCAGAAAGGCUAUCUGAUGCCACUUACCGAGCCAGUUUACUCGCAUCCAAUAAAUAAUUUAAAAAGCGCUCUUACAGGAGAAUUGAAAAUAUGUCGAGUAGACAGAACCAGUGGAUGUUGCGAAGGAUCCGACGAAGUAUUUAUACUCGUGGAGAAAGUCGGAAAAAAAAACAUAAAAAUUAAGUUUUUCGAACAGAACGAAGACGACCAGGAAAUUUGGUCUGCCUAUGCACGUUUCUCUGAAUUGGACGUGCAUCAUCAGUAUGCUAUAGUCUUUCGCACACCUCCUUAUAAAGAUUUAGAAAUCACGGAGCCAAAGGAUGUCUUUAUACAGUUGGAGCGACCUACCGAUGGUGAUUGUUCCCUGCCAAUAAAGUUCACCUACAAACCAAGUGACAAAUUGGGUCGCAAACGUAUACGGAUGUCAUAUUCAGGCAGCUCAGAAUUGGCUCGGUGUAGGAACACUUCGAUAAGAAAUCUGUCAUCGGAAAGGUCGUAUGGCAUUAGUACGGCCGAAAGCCGCAGUUCCUCCAUCAAUUUGGAACAGUUGCUGCAGUUAGAUCAGUGUGCAUCAGACGAUUUUAAGAAAUUUUUAUCCUCGCUCGAUGAAGACAAGUUCAUGACCACAUUCGACGAACGCGACAAUAUGUUGGCUAUUGAUGGCAAAUCAGAACAGGAUGACAACUUCGCGUUAAAUGUAGUAUCCGAUGCUGCGAAGAUAAUGCGAAGCGAACCAUCGAAAUUAAAAGAAAAGAUUCCAUCAUUACUCACUCAAAGGACAAAGUAUGGAGAUUCUCCACUUCAUUGGGCUCUUCGCAUGGAACAAUAUUAUGUGGUGCAAUAUAUUUUGCUUAUCCUUGGUAGUGAUCCAGAUUAUAAGCAUAUCGUCAACAUUCAGAACAGUUCAGGAAAGACACCGUUGCAUUAUGCCGUUUUGCAAAAUCAACCUCAAAUAACCAACACAUUGCUUGAACUGGGGGCCGAUGCAAAUAUCUGCGAUGACCGUGGAUCUUCUGCUUUACAUUCAGCAGUUAAAUUGCCUAACGCGGGCAAAUGCGUAAAAGCUCUUUUGCCUGGCAUCGUCAAGAUAGAUGCACCGGAUGAUAUUGGAUGGACACCUCUGCAACUUGCUGCCGAAGCUGGUUCCGCUGAAGCUGUAAAAUAUCUUGUCGAAGCAGGUGCAGAUGUAAACUGUACAGACACUUCGUGUGGUCGUACUGCAUUACAUAUUGCUGUAGAAGGAGGCCAUUUGAAUAUUGUCGAAUACCUGCUCAAGGAGACCAACAUAAACGUGAAUAAGAGAAACUUUAGUGGAAAUACAGCAUUGCACAGUGCGGUGGUGAAUACUGGACAACGGGCCGAAGAACUUUGCAAACUGUUGUUGCAAUACAAGGCAGAUCCACACAUUCCAAAUAAUAACAGACUGUCCACUAAAGAGGAAGACGACGAUGAUGAAAUUGGAAUUAAACGCGAAGUCACCUCCGAUGACGAAGAGGGUCAAACUUCGUACGAUCUGGCUUCGAAUAAACCUGCGAUUUUACGUUUAUUUUCUCCGACUGCUGUCAGAGACAAUAUGGGUUCCUCCGAGAUAGAAAUUAAGCAGGAGGUUACCGAACAGAACAGCGAUGUAAACUGCCUUUUAGAUUCUGCCAAUGUCAUAGCAUUGGCAAGUAUACUUGACAAAACUGGUGGGUGGAAGAAAAUUAUUAAACACCUCAAAUACGACUUUUUGCUGAAAGAGUUAAAUCCGAAGAUUGCCAGUCCUUCUUUGGUACUCUUGAAUUACCUCGUGCCUAAUGAGUUGUCUGCAGAACAACUGGAAGAUGUGCUGACACAAACACACGAAGACGAAGCUGCAGAUAUGUUGAGCGAGAUGCUAUCGAUACUAAGACAGUAAUGUUUUUUAUUUAUGUAAAGUGAUACUGAUUCUUUCUUAAUGAAUAGAAUAACUAUUCAAUCGAGUUCAUAUGGAAACGGUAUAUUAACAAUUUUUAUAAAGUGCAGUGAUUUUACGUUUUCAUUCUAUUUAUAAAACUCAACUGUAUGCUUAGAGAUGACCAAACUGAUAUUAUUCGACUCGAUCAUUUUAUUAAUUAUAAUUUUAAGGUCUAUAAAAUUAUGCGGGUCAUAAUUAGUACUCAUGCAGUUGAGCGGUUUUCUCAAUGCCUACGAUCAUGUAUAUACUUGAGGUAUCUCUUAUGUAAGAGUAUGUAAAUUAAAGAGCAAAAGUUCAGCGAA